AUGUCCAAACCCUUGGCUGCCCAGUCCCUCGUGUGGCUCAUCACCGGUUGCACUUCUGGCUUCGGUCAGUUCUUUGUCUCGGCCAUCCUCGCCCGAGGAGAUAAAGUCGUUGCAACGGCACGAAACGUAGCUUCCCUAGGGGGGCUUUGGUCCAAAGAGGACGUAUACCUUCUACAGCUUGACGUGACGGACUUUCAGGACAAUUUACAGAAGAAAGCGUCUGAGGCUGUCAAUCACUUCGGUCAGAUCGAUGUCCUGGUAAACAAUGCCGGAUACGUUCAGUCCGGGGUCUGGGAGGAGGUGAGCCACGACGAAGUGCUCGAGCAAUUGCGGACCAAUUUCUUCGGGCAAAUCGAUGUCACUCGAGCAUUCUUACCUCAUAUGCGGUCUCGCCGGUCGGGAACUAUCAUAUUCAUGAGUAGCAUCGCAGGCUGGCUGGGCGUCGCAGCGGGAGGUCCUUAUAGUGCCUCGAAAUUUGCCUUGGAAGGAGCGGUAGAAAGUCUCCAGAGCGAGGUGCUCCCUCUCGGAAUCAGAGUCCACCUUAUUGUUCUCGGGCAGUUUCGUACAAACAUCCUGGCUGACGGCCGCCGGAGGAUUACUCGUCCAUCUCCGUCGAUAGAUGACUACGAUGCACCAGUGAAGGCCUUGGCAGACCGACAAACUGAGACAAAUGGUAAGCAGCCAGGGGAUCCAAGUCAGGCUGUUGAGCGGAUCUUGGAUGUGGUGAGACGGGAAGGGUCAGUAACAGAGACUAUGGAGAUCCCACUCCGUGUGGUUCUGGGAACGGAUGCUGGCCGGAUCGUGAGAAAUCAGUGUUUGGCGAUGCUGAAGCAAUUGGAUGAGUUUGAUGGAUUGAUCCGUAGUACUGACUUCCCAGAUGCAGGGGAGGUCGAAGAAUAUACGUAA